UUCAUGAUUUGGGUUUUAGGAAAUGUUGAAGUAUUUGUAUCCUUAGAGUUCCCAAAAUGUUCUCAACACAUUAUGCAAAUGUAUGUACAGUCAUUAUGCAGGGAUGAGCUCUGCCAAAUUGGCAAGGGGAAAAAAUGUAAUUCUUUCUAAAAACAGAAACGUUUCCAGGAAGCUUCUCUCUUCAAGUCAGGGUGCAGGAAGAAGUUUGUGGCAGGAAGGAUGUGAGCAUAGCCAGGAAGAAGCUCCAUCCCUUACAUCCAGGUACCAGAACCAUGACUCAUCUUGACUUUAGUCUUGAAUAGAUGCUAAUAGUCAGUAAACAAACAGAAAACAGCGGAGCAUCAGUACAGAGGCACGCAGAGAGGGAAAAUGUGGAUUGUAGUUCUUUCUAAUCAUUGACUCGUUUUCACUUUUCUUGUAGAUGUUUUAGAUUUUUUUUUCUAAAACCUCCAGGUAUUUUAAAGAGGUCAUGAUUCAAUGCACUUUGACAGAGUUCCUAGAGCUUUUUGGAAAAAACAAAACAAAACAAAAAAACAGGCCCACAGCAUGACACUCUCUCUCUAUUUUCUACCUAAAAUAAGCAUUUAUUUUAGCACAUCUUUUCCAGGUGGCAGGCAUUGAUCAGUGCAUCCUUACAGCAUCGCCUCAGUGUAUUUCAUUGCAGUUUUCAUAUAAUAGAUCAAGACAAAGCUGUGGAGGGAUUGGGAUGUCUAUAAUAUUUUUCAAAGAUAUUCACAAAUAAGGUUCUAAAAUCUGAGAUGCAUUUGUAUUCGUCCCCUAGAGGCGGUACUGUAAAGAGCUGUCUUCUCCUUCAACCAGAGCUCCAAGUCCUUUUGGAAAAUGUCUCUAGCAUCUUCACUGGAAACUGAAAAAUGUUCUUAGCAACACGAUUCAGGCUCAGUCAAAUUGACUUCUGAUCAUCUGUGAAAAGGUUUUCCUUAGACGUCUCGAUGCAAAGUGGUUGAUUUCAUUUAUAGCUACUAGAUUAACAGGUGCUGAACACAUAAGCAUGCCACACUUUUCAGAUUUGUAUUACUUUAAAAAAAAAAUUUAACUACAUAGAAUUUUCUUUCUUUCUGCUCUUAUUGUAGACAGAUCAGAAAUCUUUAGACCAGAUCUUCUUUCUGGUGAACACAUUCGCUUCUCUUCCUCUCAGGAGACACAACACGCUCAUGCAGCUUCGUGAUGACCCCUGCUGGCUACUUACUGUAUAUCACCAGCCACUAACCCUAGGCUAUGAACUUUUCCCUUUAAAUUGUCUGUACUUCCAGUUACAAAUGCUGACACGCGUUUCCUCCACUUCGAAAGACCCUCAGGAAUUUUGUGCAGAUACUCCCGUAGUAACAGACAGUGACUCAAAGUUAUUCCAAGAACGCAAGCAAUUCCUGUUUUCAUCUGACUUCCCCGAAGACAUUUUCUUUUUUAAACUGUGACUGGAUUCUGUCACUGCAAAUAGAUAAGCAGGUUUAGCGAGCGUUUCUGAAAACGACUUGCUUAACCUGUGCUGAGGUAAAAGACUUCAACCUCGAGGGGUCAAAAAAAAAAAAGUGCUGACAGACAGAUUAUUGAUGUUGGGCAGCAAAAGGAAUGAUCGGUACUCUCCAAGAAACAAUCAACUGGACAAUUUUAGGUGCAGACACUUAAUUCGUCCUGAAACUGAGAAGAAUAAAAACCCCACAAAUAAUCUGGCAGAUUACAAGGCAGAUGUACAAAACAAAACGAUGACUCUCUAAUCUGAUGAAUGACUCAUGAACACAUUCGCAGAAAGUCAGUGAGAGUUUUCUUUUCUCCACAGUGACACGGGGUUUACGUCACAGAAAGGGAGGAAACUCAGUUAUACUAUCAUUUUCAAUAGCAUGACUGAGGAGUUCCUUUAAUUGCAUCACUUCCUUGUCCAGUAAACAAAGGCGUGUUCGCCCGCAGUCUCCGUUUUGUGAGCCGAAACAUGAUUCGAAAAACCCCCUCGGUCUACUAUAAGAGCAGAGAGGAUGGAGGCUCAGAGACACACAUCCUCUCCAGGACUCAUCCUCUCAGGUAACACACAGCUUCACCUGCAGGUAACCACAGUGAUGAAGAUGCUGCUCAGUUCUUCGGUCUGCGCUGUGCUCCUCCUCCUCCUCCUGGGUUUUCUGAACGGGCCCGCGGAGAGCCGGACGCUGCACAUGGACGGCUGCUCUGCCAACGUUCACCUCCAUGAACUACACCAGUACUUCUCUGAGAUAAAAUCAGUUGCGAUAUCAGCGGAUGGUGAGAUUGGAGUGAAACUUCUGGAUGCAUCUCUGAUGAAGAACGUUCAGGAGGGCCAGACGUGCUGCUUUGUGCGCCUCCUGCUGCGAUUCUACGUCGAACGAGUCUUCGGCAACUACGAGUCCUCUCAGCCAAGUCAGCAGCGCUGCUCCAGCGCCUUGGCAAACGCUUUUGUCAGCAUCAGAAGGGAAAUGCACAAAUGUCACUGCCACUGCGGAGAAGAAACCCAGAGAACGAUUGACUCGGUGCUCGCCAACUUUGACAAGGUACGCUACGCCAUGUGUGCUUUCUGUACAAAAUGCAAAGAUCUUUUCUCAGCUCGCAUAACGACAGCUAGAUGCAGAAGGUUUCAGUUUCAGUGGGCAAAGAAAUAGCUUUGAAAAGGCUUUGCAUGUCAGGAGUUAUUGAUCAAUUUUUUUCUUGUUACAAACAAACUCAAUGUCUCCCUCUACCAUAAAGAAAUCAACCAAUCAAGCAGCAUAGGCAUUUUUCAUCAAUUAGCAAGGCAAUUAUAAACAGCCAAUCAGUUCGCUUAAGCUACUCUUAUAUUGCUUUAGUGAUUUUCCAUUUCUGCUCAUAUCUAUGCC